UGGCAGCAGAGCUCAACAAAACGAAAAAUCGAAAAAUAUUCAGAGAAAUUGUGAACCGCGCCACUGAUUAUUUGAACAGUGAAAGCCCUUAAAACAGGUGUACGGUUCGGUUAAUUGAGGGGGAACUAUUUAAUACUGGAGCAAUAUUUGUUAAACAUAUCAGUCAAUCGGAAGAGGCUGUAGGAUAUAGUCACAAACAGAGUUUUCUUAUUCUAUUCAAAUUAUACAUUCUCCGGUACAGAGAGUGUGUUGAUUGUGAUCGUUUUUCUAUUGUGAUAUGUUCCAGAGAUGAUCAUCUCAGCGAAACGAAAACAAAAGCGGAAUUUAUGAUUCUUCUGAAUAAUUUUUUGUUUUAAAGUUUUGAGAUAACAACCGAAACGAAAAGUUGAGCUUUUUUUUCGCUAUUGUGGCAGUUGCAUUGUUGGAAAUUUCGUACACUUUUGAAGAAUGUGAAAUGUGAUCAGACACACGAUAAGAGAGUGUUCUUGUGCCGAAUAAUGUAAAUUUGUAUCGUUUCCACUUAUGAUUAUGGAUUAUUGAAACGUAUAUUGUGUUCGAAUUCGGAGCAACAGGAUUCAAUUAAUUAAUUGAAAGGGAAAAAAAUGUUUCAGAGAAAGAGAAUUUAUCUGGUUUUAGGCAUUCUUGUCAAUUACACCAUUGCCGUAAAACCACCCGGAUAUGUAGAGAAGCCAAAGGAACCAGACCCAAAUCCACCAAAAUACGAAUAUGGCUAUGCCGUAGCAAACCACGAAGAUGCUGGAUCACAAGGUCACAAAGAAACCAGAGAUGGUGUUAAUACUAAGGGCAAUUAUUAUGUAAACCUUCCGUCGGGACUAGCGAAUUCGGAUGUACAAUACAUUGCGGAUGAUUGGGGAUAUCAUCCAGUUGUAAGAUAUGCAACCAAGGAUGACCACAGUCACGCUUCUGGGCAUUUUGCGUUAGGUCAUGAGGCUGUGCAGGCAUUGCAUCUGAACCCUGCGCAUCAAAACGUCGUUCCAUCCAAUUUCAUUCAGCUGCAAACCGAUCAAUAUCCGAGUCCUGAAGCACUGCAAUUGGUUAGUGUCCCGCAAGUAAAGGAUCCUGGUAGCGAGCAACUUGGGACACCGUUUCCAUCGAAUCAUCGACCUUACUCGAACGAUGAUCCAUUUAACAGCAACAAAAGAGAUCCAAAAGUUACUCGUGUGCACCCCGUACAGGAACCACAACUGGACAAUUUGCCGGAUCAAUCGAUAAACGGUCAGAAUUAUCCACACGACAACAAUCCGUCUGGACUGACCAAACUAUUAGAAACCACUCAGAAUUUGGUGUCUAACAAAGAUGUCAUCGACAUCAAUGGAGCGAUCGAACAUACACCGAAACCGUUGUUCACACCUACUAUUAACGACCAAUACAAUGCGGCUAGUAAUGGUCAACGCCACGCAUUAGAAUUGGAUGCAAAACAGCAACAAUCGGACGAUGAAUCUGAUAAGUUUAGUAGUCCGAUCGUGGUGGCCGAUGAAAAUGCAGUCAGCGAGAAGCCAUCGGAGCUGAUAAACAUAGUACCAUAUGUCGAGUAUUUGCCCCGACAUCCGAAACAACGACCCGAGAAGCAGAUUAACGUCGAAAUUAUCGAUCAAAAUAAUGGCCAGUUCCUCAAGGAAACCACCCAUUACGAGGUGCAAAACAAUCAAUAUCUCGAGCAAAACGAUGACCAGAAACUGAUGGACAGCAUUGUACUGCCACAAAAGGAAGCGCCGUCCAGACAGUUUCUGCGUAAUUUUAAAGGAAACAAGAUUCUAUCGCCGAGCCAAGAUAACACUGCUAUCUACUCGACAACCAGUAGCACCACUCAGACAACAUCCAAAAGCUACACCCAAGAAGAGAUCUCUGUAACACAGAGUCCCAUCUCAAACAAGUUUCUAGCUCCCAUUCAAGCCGGAUUGAGAUUGUCGAACGAAGGGAAGAACAUUGAGGACUGUUUGGAUUUGGUGCAAAAGCAACCGUUGGUGAGUCAUUCCGGGGCAGAAGCGGUCGACGGAAAGACAACCAUCGUCGAAGUACAAAAGAGCUUAAACAUCAAAAACAUUCUCAUCAGUCAGGAGGAGGAGAAGCCGAAACAAGUGAUAUACCAGCAGCCAGUGUUCGGAGCUCGUUUCAUUCCGAAAAAAUCGAAAAUAAUUCAGCAGAACGUUUACAUUGACCGACCAUAUCCGGUUGAGGUGAAUAAAUACAUCGAAAGGCCUGUCAGAGUCGAAGUUCCAGUCCCCGUCGAUAGAAUUGUCGAGAAACCUGUGCCAUAUCCGGUUCCCGUUGAAAGAAUUGUCGAAAAACCAAUUGAGCGAAUUGUUGAAAAGACAGUGCCGGGACCGGUUCAAAAUGUUGUUGUCGAAAAAAUUGUAGAGAAGCCAAUUCAUCACACACACUACCAGCCUUACCAAGUCACCAAAACGGAACGUGUUCCCGUCCCAUACGUUGUCGAAAAAAUUGUCGAUCGUCCCAUAACAGUUGAGAAAAUUGUCGAAAAGAUUGUUGACCGGCCAGUUGAAGUGGAACGAAUCGUAGAACGUCCAUACAAAGAAGUGGUCGAAAAGUUCAUUGAUCGACCAUAUCCGGUAGAAGUGGAAAAGAUAGUCGAAAAAGAAGUGAAAGUUGAAGUUCCCGUCGAGAAGGUUGUGGAGAAAAUUGUUGACCGACCCGUCCCAGUCGAAGUGCCAGUAGAUCGGCCGUAUGCUGUAACUGUUGAGAAAAUUGUGGAGAAAUUCGUCGACAGACCAGUACCCUACGCCGUACAUGUUCCUUACCCAGUUCCAUAUGCUGUCCAUGUCGCUCCACCCAAACAACAUCACACAAUCAUCAAAACGACAACACACGACCACGGCAAGAAUCUAUUCCACCUGAACCACAAAAAAACGAAACAUGUCUUCCUACCCAACCCGCCAAUCAGUCCACAUUUUUCGAGUAACUCGAUUCAUCCUCCGGAAAUUUCAUCCAUCAAUCAACAACAUCUUCAUCUGCAACCACCCGUGUCCAUCAACCAUCAUCAUCACGAGUCAACCAUUCUCAAGCCCAUACACACAAUAUCCAAUCAAUUGAUCCCACCAGCAUUUCACUACCCAAAUUUGAAACCGAAACCCGUCUACGGAGUGCCAUUUCUCGGUCAUUCAGCGAAAACAACUCAUCUGUUCCCGAAACUUUUAAAUUACGAUAAUCAAUAUGCGGGCAGUUUCGAUUAUCAGAGCCAUAUUUACAAGGAUGAUUAUCUGGGUCCACCGCCGUCGCUGCAGCGAUACACCAAUAUAUGGUCAUACAGACAAACGCCGAAAUUCCGGCGAAACAUCAAUUUCGGAAAGUCGUUACGAUGGGAAUAUGGAUUCCGUCCCCCAUUAAUUCCGUCCGUUGAAAUUGAUGAACAUGGAAAUCCCAUAAAUAAGGAAAAUAAUUAAGAAAAAUGAGUUUGAGCAUUUUUACGAUAAAAUGCACAUCUCUUCUCGACGCGGAAACUUGUAAAUCCGCAUAUAAUAUCCAUCUUUUGUACAGCAUUUUUGUGCAUAACAUAGUGGGUGUUUUGUUGUUGCACUUUUUGAGAAAUGAAUGAAUAGAGUUUUGAAUUUCGUUUUUUUUUUAUCGUUCGUUCGUUCGUCUUCUGUACUUUUUGUUUGAAUAAUUAUAUUCUCUUGUUGAUUUUUCAUUAAUUUAAUUGAUUUAUUAACUCUUUUAUGAAUUAAAAGUUAUUAUCAUGAAACGUAUACGUCAUAUUGAUCUACCCCAUUCUCUUUGUAAAACAUUUUGUUGUUUUUUUUAUUAAUUAUUUUAUUUAAUAAAGUUAAGUUUAGAUUUUUGCUAA